UGAUCCUUUUGUGACAGAUGAGGACUCUGAGGCAACUGACUUAUCAAACCACUUGGUGAGGGAGGGCAGAGCCCAAGUUAUAACUCAGGGGCCAUUGUUUCUUCAGCAGGUGGUUCCUGGGGGCCCCCCAUCCACCUGUCUGUCCAUCAGGAAUGUAUGGAAGGUCUUCUGUGACGGCAGGAUCUGCUGCCAUUCAUGGAGCCUGUGCUCUGUCCGGGCCCUUUCCUAGAGCAUUUGCACGUGUUCUUCAUUUGAAUCUGCACAGCGACCCUGUGAGGUAUAAGUAGUUUGUUUGCAUUUUAGAAAACAGGCCCAAGGGGUGACAUGAAACCCUUUGUCCCAGAAUCACACAGAAGUAAGUAAGCAGAGCCAGGAAGGGCCAGGCACUGCACCUGUCACAGGGGACACAGUAGGACAUGACUCCAACAUGGUCCCUGCUCUCACAGAGCUGAAAGUCUGGUGGGGGAGACAGAUGCCAGACAAAGACAAAUUGAAAAUGUAACUAUAUAAUGUCAAGUGACGAUGAUAAAGAGCAGUAAAGCAGGGUCAGAGGGUGGAAGGAGCACCGGGUUGGGGGCGGCUUCGGUGGGUCUGAGGAAGUGACAUCUGAGCAGGGACCUGAGUGGUGGAAGGAGCCAGCUAGGGGAGGGUCUGGGGGAAGAGCGGGCUAGGCAAGGGGAAGGGCUGGUGCAAAGGCCCUGCGGUGGAAAGGAACCGGCCUGUUCUCGGGCAGAAGGAAGGCCGGCCUGGCCGGAGGAGAGCCACCAGGUGGGGUCAGGGGCAGAGGAGUAGCUGGGGACUCGUGUUUCUGGGCGGCACCUUGCACCAUCCCAGGCCUCGGAGCUGGAAGCUGCAGUGGAGGCAGCGGGCUUCCCCUGGAGCCCCUUCCCUCAGCACCUCGUCCUUCUCCAGCCCACCCGGGGUGGGUGGCAGAGCACACCUGACUAGCCAGCCUGCUUGGGCUCCUGCCGCGUGACCUCAGGGAAGUGACAGAACCGCUUCCUGCCUGUUUGCUCAUGCGGAAGAUGGAGAUAAUAAUAGUUCCUGGCUCGUGGGGCUGUCAUGCAGAGAGAAGAUAGACCUCCGGAGCACAGAGCUGUCCGCUGCGGGGCCUGUGGGUGGCGGUGGCUGGUGUUCUGUGCCAUCUCAGUUUCCUUCGGAGGGAGGGUUGUUGUGACGCCCCUCCCCCUUCACGCGCGAGGAAACUGCUGCUCAGAGAGGUUGUACGUCACCCAGGGCUGCACAGCUUGGCAAUGGCAAGGCUGGAUUUGAAUUCCAGCUCGUUUUCCCCCAAGUCCAGGCUCCUUCCCCGCCUGUAGCCGGUCCUGUCUGUAGCACUGUGUGGGUGGGGUGACAGGACAGAUUGGACUGUCACAUGAUCCUGGCAGUGGGCGCAGUGUAGGGUUGUGGGUGAGGUGCCUCAGAGGAUGCUAACAACGCAUCAUUCUAGGAGCUAAAUUAAAAAGCCCCAGACUGGAAAGCAGGAGACUGGCUUCAGCUGUUCCCAACUGCCGUCCACCCCGCAUGCCUUUCUGUGCCUUUACUGUCAGACGGGGUGGGACUGGCAGAAGCUUUGGGGGAAGCCUUCCUAGGUCUUUCCUUCUCAGGAAGAAGAAUCGUGGAGCAACAACAAUGAUGCCUCCUGACUGACAGCAGCAGAGGGCCUCCUGCAGGCCGUGCCCUGCAGCCAUAGUUGUUUAUGCACAUAAUCCCAGAUUGGGCGACAUCCACAUUUUGCAGAUGAGGAAACUGAGGCUCCGAGAGGUUAGCUGACAAGGCUAACCUUGUGCAGAGCUGGGGUUCAAACCCAGGAGCCAGUGCUGGAGAAGGAGGAGCAGAUACACAGCGUGGACAUUGGGAAUGAUGGCUCAGCCUUUGUGGAGGUGCUGGUGGGCAGCUCGGCCGGAGGGGCUGGGGAGCAAGACUAUGAGGUCCUUCUGGUCACCUCAUCUUUCAUGUCCCCUUCCGAGAGUCGCAGUGGCUCAAACCCCAACCGCGUUCGCAUUUUUGGGCCCGACAAGCUGGUCCGGGCAGCAGCAGAGAAGCGCUGGGACCGAGUCAAAAUUGUCUGCAGUCAGCCGUACAGCAAGGAUGCCCCCUAUGGCCUGAGUUUUAUACGGUUUCACAGCCCCCCCGACAAAGACGAGGCCGAGGCCUCAUCCCAGAAGGUGACCAGGCUUGGCCAGUUCCGCGUAAAGGAGGAGGAUGAGAGCACCAGCUCCCUACGACCGGGAGCGCUCUUCUUCAGCCGGAUCAACAGGACACCCCCAGUUGCAGCCAGUGACCCAGCAGGACCCAGCUAUGCAGCUGCUACACUGCAGGCCUCCAGUGCAGCCUCCUCGGUGUCUCCGGCCUCCAAGGCAACAGGCAGUGCCUCCAGGGCAGCAGGCAGCACCUCCAAGCCUCAGGAGUCCCCCAAAGGCAAGAGGAAGCUGGAUUUGAACCAAGAAGCAAAGAAGACCCCCAGCAAACCGUCAGCCCAGCCCUCACCCCCCGCCCUCAAGAGACCCAAACUGCCAGCUGCUCCCCGGACCCCAGCCACGGCCCCGCUCCCUGCCCCAGCACGGGGGGCAGCACCUGGGAAGCCCCGAGGAGAAGGCGCCAAGCCCAGGGCCCCCCGAGCUGGCCCGCAGGAGCUGGGGAAGAUCCUGCAGGGUGUGGUGGUGGUGCUGAGUGGCUUCCAGAACCCCUUCCGCUCGGAGCUCCGGGACAAGGCCCUCGAGCUGGGGGCCAAGUAUCGGCCAGACUGGACUCCGGACAGCACGCACCUCAUGUGGGCCCCGCCCCCUCGCGUUGCCUCUUGCUUUCGCUCCCUGUCACUUCGCCUCUGCAUCCUCUGCCUCUUCUUCCCUCUGAUUCCUGCAUCUUCCUCUCGGCCUCCCUGCCCCUUGGCCCGUGUCCUUCUCCCUGGCUCCGCCCUUCACCUCUCAGGUCCCACCUGGCUGACACCCUCCCUUCUCCCCACCAGCUGCGCCUUUGCCAACACCCCCAAGUACAGCCAGGUCCUAGGCCUCGGAGGCCGAAUCGUGCGCAAAGAGUGGGUGCUGGAUUGUCACCGCAUGCGGCGGCGGCUGCCCUCGCGGAGGUACCUCAUGGCGGGGCCAGACUCGAGCAGUGAGGACGAAGGGGGCUCUCCUGGUGGCAGCAGCGGGGAUGAAGCACCCAAGCCUCCCCGACAGCGUCCCCAGACCAAAGCCAGGCCCCCUCAGGCAGCAGGACCCAGCUUACCCCAGAGACCCCCAGCCCCAGAAGAGACCAAACCAGCCUCACCAAGGCCCCAGGACGAUACCGACAUCGAGGGGGAGCAGUCAGGACAGGACAACGGGGCAGAAGAUUCUGGGGACACUGAGGAUGAGCUAAGAAGGGUGGCUGAGCAGAAGGAACAGAGGCAGCCCCCUGGCCAGGGGGAGAACGGCGAGGACCCAUACGCGGGAUCCACGGAUGAGAACACGGACAACGAGGGGCCCCCAGAAUCUCCUGACCUGCCAGUUCCUGAGCUCCCAGAUUUCUUCCAGGGCAAGCACUUCUUCCUGUACGGGGAGUUCCCAGGGGACGAGCGGCGGCGGCUCAGCCGAUAUGUCACAGCCUUCAACGGGGAGCUUGAGGACUAUAUGAGCGACCGGGUCCAGUUUGUGAUCACGGCACAGGAGUGGGACCCCAGCUUCGAGGAAGCCCUGAUGGACAACCCCUCCCUGGUGUUCGUCCGCCCUCGGUGGAUCUACAGUUGCAACGAGAAGCAGAAGCUACUUCCCCACCAGCUGUAUGGGGUGGUGCCCCAGGCCUGAGGUGUUUGCUUGUGCACAUGCACACACACACAGGAGUUAAUAAAGGUGACUUGGUUUGGAGCAGCUGCCCCUCCAAAGUCUCCCCAGGUCCCCAACAGGC